UGUACCGGUAGUAGCAUACAACAAAAUAUUACCUAUGUCAAACCUAUCCAAAAAUGAGCUACAAAAAUUUGGGCUCUCGUCUCUUUAAUCGUCAUGUGCUUGCAAAUUAGCAUUUUAUUGCACACAUAUUACCAAAUUAGUGUAUAGGCUUCAAUGGCACGCAAAGCCUGUACAGUUCGGUGCAUUUCCCCCCCCGUUACCUUUAUAAAAUAGCAUUUGUGCCUACUUAUGAUGCGCAAAUGCAUUUGUUUACAGACCAAGGUUAGUUUCUAGGAACUUUAUGCACAACCAAUGAGAGCGCUUGGGCUGAUUACGCGCUCAACGCAAACCGGAGAGGCAAGAGAUAGCCUACAUUAGUUUGACUUUUCACCGAGACAGGUUCAUAACCGCACACUGACUGCUGAUUAAGGAAACAUAUUGACCAAACGUCUUGUUUAUAUGUUUGAUGUGACAGUAUUUGUUUUAUCUAGUUUUCAAUAAGCAAUGUAUCAGCGACCACUGCUUGUGUUUACGCGCAUCAGAUGUGCCGUGUAUCCACUUUUGGCAAUCCUUUUGGCAUUUCAGACAGAGGCGAAAGAUUUACCCAUUUGUAAAGAGUCGGAUUACCAUUAUGAAUACACAGAGUGUGAUGUGCUGGGGUCUCGCUGGAGGGUCGCCCUACCCAACAAACCCAGCACAUGCACGGGCCUCCCAGACCCUGCCAAAGGCACGCAGUGCACAUUCUCCUGCAACACGGGGGAGUUUCUGGACAUGAAGACCCAGGAGUGUCAGAAGUGUGCAGCCGGGACCUACUCCCUGGGGACAGGCGUGGCUUUUGACGAGUGGGACAGUAUGCCCCCAGGGUUCCUCAGCCACGGGAUCAACCUGGAGGCCGGUGACGUCCAAAUGAACUGCUCAAAUUCGGCCUGGACCCCAAAAGGAGCCUUCAUCGCCUCGAGCACAGACGAGUGCACAUCCACCCUGGCCUACGCCAUCAGCCUGAAGAAACCUGGUUCUGUGUCUUUCCAGUACCUUUACCCAGACAACAGCAUCUUCUUUGAGUUUUACGUUCAGAAUGACCAGUGUCAGUCUUCAGAGGAGCAAAGCCGCUGGAUGAAGAGCACAAAGAAUGACUGGGACACCCACUAUGUGCAGCUGAGUCGAGGGAAUAACGUGCUGUACUGGAGGACCACUGGGUUCUCCCUCAACAGCAACUCAGUCAAACCCGUCCUUCUGCGCAACAUCGCCAUCUCAGGUGUGGCCUACACCUCGGAGUGCUUCCCCUGCAAGGCGGGCACCUACGCUCCCGAGCCGGGGGCUUCCCGAUGCGCCCCCUGCGCGGCGAACGCCUACUCCCGCAAGGGCGCCACCGUGUGCCAGGAGUGUGAGAAAGAGAAAUAUGCUGGUAUUGGCUCAGGAGAAUGUCUUACCAGACCACCAUGUAACGAGAGUGACUACUUCUACACACACACACCCUGUGACUCCAAUAGGAUGACCCAGCUGAUGUAUAAGUGGAUUGAGCCGAAGAUCUGCAGUGAGACGGCCGACGGGGCUGUGCAGCUCCCGGCCUCUGGGCAGAUGCAGACCUGCCCGCCCUGUAACCCCGGCUUCUUCGUGAACAACGGCUCGGCCUGCGAACCCUGCCCGCAUGGCUUCUACUCCAACGGCACAGUUUGCACAGAGUGUUCUGCUGGAACGGAGCCGGUGAUGGGGUUUGAGUAUAAGUGGUGGAACAGGAUGCCCAGUAACAUGAAGAGUUCAGUCUACAGUAAUGAAUACAGUGACUCAGAGAGGACCACAGCAUGGGAGGUGGCAGGAGAGUACGUCUACACCACACCAGGAGACAUGGACACAGGCUAUAUGAUGCUCACCCUCACCGUCCCGGGUUACAGGUUGCCUCACGACGCCAGCAAGCAGGUCGAGGCAAACAAAGAGCUGGCUCAGAUCUCCUUCGUGUUUGAAACCAAGUGUGACGCCGACUGCGUUCUCUUCUUCAUGGCGGGCCUGAGUGAAAGGAACAACUUUGUGGUGGAGAGCUGGAGGGGGACCAAUGGGAAGCAGUCCUACUCUUACAUCGUCAAGAGCAACAGCACCGUCAGCUUCACCUGGGGAUUCCAGCGAAACGCCGUGCGGACCGUGGAGAAGCAAUAUAAUGCUGACUUUGCUAAGAUUUACGUCGUCCACAUCACCAACGUCAUCGAUGGCGUGGCAUCCCAGUGUCGGCACUGCGCGCAGGGCGAGGAGUCGGCCUGUGUGUCCUGCCCACCCGGGCACUACAUGCUGGAGGGCACCGGAGUGUGUAAGGCCUGUCCCGCCAACAGCAUCGUCCACGCCGAACAUCAGGUGGGGCCAGAGGCCUGUGUCCGCUGCGGACCAAACACACACAGCAACAAGGCCCACACUGCCUGUCUGAGUGACUGUAGGCUGGCAGUCAAGCAGAGCGACGGGGAGAGCCUCCACUAUGACUUCUCCCUGCUGUCCAGCGUCGCCACUGUCCAAAACAGUCCACGUUUCACCAGCAGGGGCCUCAAGUACUUCCAGCAGUUCAGCAUUGGGCUAUGUGGAGGAGAGGACAGAGCGAUGGCGACAUGUGUGGACAACGUCACAGAGAGCAGGAAGGAGUCGAGCGGGUACGUGUGCCAGUCCACCAUCGUGCCCUCGGACGUGAGGGGGCAGAGCGUGGUGUCCUCUCAGCCCUUCAGCGUAGGAGAUUCCCUCAUAGGGGUCACCACUGAAUCUGCUGUUGAUAGUAUCUCCUCCCCUGAGAACAACUUUCCCACGAAUACCCGCCUACCCGAUGUCAUAUUUUACUACCGGGGGAGUGAAACCACGCAAGCUUGUAAAGAAGGAAGGUACACAACCAUUAGACUGAGGUGUGAUCCGUCUGCGGCAGGAAAUGACCUCAUUGCUUUUCCAAGUAAAUGCUCUGAGGGAACCUGUGAUGGCUGCUCUUUCCACCUGCUGUGGCAGUCCAGGCAUGCCUGCCCUCCCUGCUCAGAGAGACACUACAAGAAGAUCGAGAGCAAAUGUCUCCAGGGCAUCAUGAGGACUACAUAUGUGUGGCAGCAGUCCCUGCUCUGUUUUGGGGGGGUGACGCUGCCCUCCCAGACGGUGAGUGCGUGUGUGACUCUGGACUUCUGGCUGAAGUUCGGGGUGUCCAUCGGCAGUGUCGCCGCUCUUCUGCUCAUCACCAUCAGCUGCUACUUCUGGAAGAAGACACGCAAACUGGAGUAUAAGUACUCUAAGCUGAUGGUGACGGCGGGAGAGAGGGAGUGUGAACUCCCAGCUGCAGACAGCUGUGCCAUCAUGGAGGGCGAGGAUGCUGAGGAUGACCUCAUCUACCUAACCAAGAAGUCCUUCUUCGGGAAGAUCAAGUCAUUCUCCAGAGAGAGGACGUCUGAUGGAUUUGACACUGUGCCCCUCAAGUCAUCAUCUGGUCUGGAGAUGGAGAUGAGCUGAGGUUGGUUCGCCUCCUCCAGGGACCUACGUGCAGCCACCUGCGUUUCUGAAAUGAACUCUGCUGCAAUGGGCCGCAGACUCGCGAAAAGUGCGCCAUCUAGUGGUCGUACGUCUGAAAUGUGUUGAGUAACAUAGCUGUUAUAACUCUGUAGCUCUACCGCAGAGUUGAUCAUUAAUAGGAUUUUAUUAGCCACUUCCUUUCCCAACAGAAUGCUCGAUGAGAACAGACAUUUGAAAAAAGGGUACAUUCAUAUGAUGUGGUUUACAGAAGGCAUGUUUGUAUGAUGUGGUUCACAAACAGGAUGCAGACACUUCCCCAUUUUUGUAGAACAUGAGAAAUGCAGAUUGCUGAUACAUUACUGAUAAGUUUUAUCCACCAAGUUACAGUAACUACAAUAUCAUAUCAGGUGCAAGGAUUGGGAUGUACAGCAUUCGACCUUUAACCCUUCUUUCUGUUUAAUGUAUGGCAGCUAUAGUUAUGAUACUGUAGCAUUCCUUGGUAGUCUAUCCCAAAAGGUUAUUUGAUAUGCCCAUUGGCGGUAAUUUGGAGCUGUAUCAACCUGGUGUUUUUUGUGAUACAUUUUACCAAUAAGCACAAGGCCAAAGCCUUCUGGAUUUCUUUUACUCCUGAAUUGUUUCAAAGUUUGAGUUGUUUAAACGUUUUAGAUAUUAAGAAGGGCUUAUUUCAGUGAAAUCUUGUUUUUUUCCUCAAUGUAUUGUGUUUUCUAAAGCUUAUAUUGAAAUAUGUCUACACUGUUUUUCUAUACGGUAGGCUUCAGACACUUGUUCGAUGUUUUUUGUCACCAGUAGGUUGGCAUUAUUAAACACAAUAGGCCACGAUGCACUGUGAAUGUUAUGUCCUAAAUUGUAUUUAUAAUUAACGGUGAUACUGCUUCGUGUUGUGCAAGCUUUAUAAUGUGUUUAUUUACAACGCAUUUAAUAAAAUGUUAAGUUGAGA